AUGCGUCUGAACUCCAUCACCAGUGCAGCGAUCUUCACCGCUGUUGCUGUCCAGGCAAGGGAGCUCCCGAAGGAUGAAGCUCGCGCUGCUGAGCUCUAUGACUCGGGUGUGAUUCACGAGAGACUCAUGGCCAGGAAGAUUUCCCAUUGGGAAGCCGAAGAAGCCGUGGGUCUCAUGAACUCAUCUCAGUGGCCCAGACUUGGUUACACCAAGUGUGUUGAUGGUUACGCUGAGGCCAUCCCCGACAGCCCUCUGCACAAGUUCAAGUGCAAGAAUAUGGACCUCUACGACUUCAUCAACCACGCGACGCUUGGGUCUCCGAACACCGACUACCGUGGUAAGAGCGGCAGCUCUUCAUGGGGUUGGACCGACCCUGACUCUGGUCGCGAGUUUAUUGUCAGCGGUAUGUUCGAUGGAUGUGCCUUCAUCGAGAUCUUGCCAGAGGGAAAGAUGCUGAACCUCGGUUUCCUUCCGACCUAUUCUCCUGUGGGCGACAGAGCUUACUGGCAUGAGAUCCGGCCCUACAAGAACUACAUGCUUAUUGGCAGCGAGCUUGAGGGCCACGGCAUCCAGAUCUUUGACAUGACAAAGCUCCUCGACAUCGAUCCAUCUGAAGCCCCUGUCCUCUUUUCGAAUGACAAGGAUCUUACCGGUCACUUCAUUGAGACGCUUCCCUUGGGACGUAGCCACAAUGUUGUUGUCAACGAAGAGGCUAACUAUGCCGUUGCUGUUGGCGUUCAACCGCGCAACGUGAGCUGCAUGGGAGGUCUUUACUUCUUCAGCCUGGAAGACCCCAGCAACCCUGUUGCACUCGGAUGCGAUGGACAAGAUGGCUACGUUCACGAUGCUCAAUGUCUUAUCUACCGUGGCCCCGAUUCCAAGUACUUCGGGCGGGAUAUUUGCUAUGGAUACAACGAAGACACUUUGACUAUCUACGAUGUCUCCGACAAGAAGGACUCCAAGAUCAUCUCUCGCACAUCUUAUGAGGGCGCCACCUUCACUCACCAGGGCUGGGUCAAUGACGUUAACUGGCAAGAAUGGCUCUUCAUGGAUGACGAGUACGACGAAGACGAGCUCGCUGGUCCGGCUGCGGAUGGAUACCCAGUCACGUACAUCUGGGACAUCUCGAGUCUCGAAAAGCCUCUUCAAAAAGGACUGUUCAAGCACAACGUCAAGGGAAUCGAUCACAACCAGUACGUUGUCGGUGACCUCCUUGUGCAAUCAAACUAUGGCGCAGGUGUUCGGGUCUGGGACAUCUCCUCGGUCCCCGACGAUCCCACCGGCAACAGCGUAUGCGAGAUCGCCUAUUUCGACAUCUACCCCGAGGAUGAUUCUUUACCCGGAGGUGGAGCUAUUCAGUUCUCUGGAACAUGGUCUUCGUACGCGUAUUUCAAAUCGGGCUUCAUUUUCGUCAACACCAUUGAGCGCGGUGCUUACCUUGUGAAAAUGACAAAGAAGGAGGCAUGCAAGCCCAAGACUUGCAACGCAGACAACUGCCUGCGCGCUCUCAGGGCAUCUAGUAUCCCUGGUCGGCUGGAGGAGUCUCAGGAAUUGUGCGGCGAGUUCACAAAGACCGUCAUCGCUGAUGUGUCGGUGGUGCCUGCAUACGCUGCUGAGGCUUGCCCGACGAAUGUGAUUUCGAGGGUUAGCUCAGCUUGCUCAUGCCUGCCAACACCGACUGCUUGA